AUGAAAUUGUUGAUUAUCUUGGGGAUUGUUACGCUGACGUUGGCUAACAAAAAUAAAACUUUAAGUGCCAGGACCUAUGAUAUCGAUUUUAUUGACGAGAAUGAGGAUAAGAGUGCAAAUAAUCCUCAGAAAAGAGAUUCAGGAUAUUUUUAUUCCCGACCUCGUUUGUCUUUUGCAAGCAAAAUUAAAAAUACAAGGCUGUCUGGACGUAUUGUGAGACCAUUUAUGACGUACGGGCCGCCGAAGAGUCCGGUUAACCCUCCGACGAAAAAUAAGUACGAGAAUGUUAAUUUAGGUCGACCGAAUCCACAGUUUCAGGCUCCGGAUCCGCUGAAACUUACGGAAUUCACCCAACCUAGUCCGAUAGCCAGCCAGAAUGAGGAACCAUUCAAGCUCAAUUCGGCCAACUAUCUGCCUCCGAAAAAUCAGAAGCUCCCUUCUCAUUCGGCGACUUACUUCCACCGUCCUCAAGAUCCGCAAAAUUUCGAAAGCCAGAAACUCCUGCAGAAUCCUUCAGCCAACGGUCAAAUAUCAGACGCGGCUCAAUUUUUGCAGCAAAACGCUCAGGCUAUUUCGCAUCUGUACCGAAGGCCGGCGACUAAUCAGAAUUAUGAACCUCUUCCUGAGAAGAGUUCAAGUGGCAGCGUCAAUGCCAUCGCUGGUGUCAGCGAUUUCAUAAGCUCGCGGUCUCAUCAAUCGGAAGCUCUGCCCUCUUAUGCAUCAGGGACUCUCGAACCUUACAGGUCACUCGAGCAAAUCCAGUCACGGGAAAAAGACCAACUGAUUUCGGAACUUCGUCACCAAUUGGCUGUACAGGAUUCCGCUCAAUCGGGACAGAGGUACGAUCAUCAUGGAAACUAUUUUUCAAAUUUUCCAAAUCAAAAUAACGGUGAUAAAUUAAAUUACGGAUUUAUCGGGCAAUCUGUUUAUGGGUCUGUCAAUUCGGUGGACCAGGCGGCACUAGGGGGAUCAGGAACAUCUGUGCCAGCAGUUCAUCAACCGCAAAAUACCAAUCAAGGAAACUCUCACCCGUCAAACUCUAUUCCCACGUCAGUCCAAAUACCCGGAGCGUUUCCGUUUCCUCAGUACGCCGAGGGAUUUGCGCCGGUAAUUGGUGGCACAAACUUUGUGACCGGUACCAGUUUACCGAGUUAUGGAUCUACUUUCUUUGGAUCAAACACUCCCGGACAAAUCGACUCACCCACUCACUUCUCUAUUCCCAUACCUACCGUCGCAAAUAAUAACAAGCCUUUGACGCCACCAAAACCUUCCUUUCCAUCUUUCCAUCCCGUUUCUGCUGGACACGGGAUACCCUCGACGUCAAUAACUUCUGUCCAAACAUCAGUAGUUCAUCCUCAACCACUUCCACUUCCACAUCCUAUCCAUCCCAUCCAGACAGUCCAUCCCAUCCAACCAGUCCAUCACGUUCAUCCAGUCUACAACGUCCAAACAAUUCCCGUCAGUCCUGUAGUUUUAAAACCCGUUAAACCAGUAUACCCCGUCUACUAUCCGACUGUUCCGUAUGUAUUACAAAAGCCAUCAGCUCCAGCAGCUCCACAGACAUACGCCCCAUCAUACUCAGUAAUAAAAUCCGCUCAAAUUUGGUGAUCACUAAAUUACUA